AUGGGUCAAUUUCUUUCAACCCCUCAAAUAGAUAAAGAGUCUGAAGAAGGUUCCAACAAAUAUCUAGCUUAUGGGAUAUCCUGUAUGCAAGGCUGGAGAAUCUCAAUGGAGGACUCCCACUCUGCCAUCUUAAAUUUAAAUAAAGUCUUGCCUUACAAUCAAUCAAUACAAGAAAAGCUUGCAUUCUUUGCUAUCUUUGACGGUCAUGGUGGCGAUAAAGCAGCCUUAUUUGCUGGAAAGAAUCUUCCUUCAAUCCUUAAACAACAACAAGCCUUUGAUAAAGGUGACUAUUCCCAAUCUCUUAAAGAUGCCUUUUUGGCCUGUGAUCGAGCAAUUAUAGAAGAUGAAACCAUGAAAACCGAUUUUAGUGGUUGUGCCGCCACCUCGAUAAUGAUCACCAAUAACAAAUUAAUUUGUGCAAAUGCUGGGGAUUCAAGAACGAUAAUGUCGAUAAAUGGUAAUGCCAAACCUUUAUCCUUUGAUCACAAACCUUCUAACGACGGUGAGGCUGCCAGAAUUUGUGCUGCAGGUGGUUUUGUUGAAAUUGGAAGAGUUAAUGGUAAUCUAGCUCUAUCAAGAGCAAUUGGUGAUUUUGAAUACAAAAAAUCGUCUCAUUUAGCUCCUGAAGAACAAAUUGUCACCGCCUAUCCAGAUAUAAUCGAACAUGAUUUGGAUUUCAAAAACGACGAAUUUGUCGUUCUAGCAUGCGAUGGUAUUUGGGAUUGUUUAACCUCAACUGAAGUCGUGGAAUUAGUUAGAAAAGGUAUAAAUGACAGAAAAUCAUUGAAGGAAAUUUGCGAAUUAAUCAUGGAUAUUUGUGUUGCUCCAAGUUCAAUUGGUACUGGUAUUGGUUGUGAUAACAUGUCCAUCUGCAUUAUCGCAUUAUUAAAUGGCAAAUCAAUUGGCGAAUGGUAUGAUCAUAUU